AUGUCCGCCGAGCCACUCAGUAUACUACUGGCAAGCACAGCCGCAUCCCUUUCACUAGAUCUAUUCAUCCACCCCUUGGAUACGAUCAAAACCCGCAUCCAGUCUCGCGAAUAUUCACAGUUCCUGAGAACCAACACCGGAACCAGCAUAUGGAGACACCCUGGGAUAUUCCGCGGCCUUUACCAAGGCAUCGCGAGCGUAACCGCUGCCUCGUUUCCCACAGCUGGUGCAUUCUUCAUCACAUACGAGUACGCACAGUCAGGACUCCAACUCAUACAUCGAAAGCUUGGAACGCAUGAGUCUAGCUCAGCUCAGGUCUUUUCCGAUUUUUGCGCAGCCUCAGUUGCCGAUCUUGCUGCUUGUGCAGUCUUUGCUCCGGCUGAUGCAUUGAAACACAACGCACAGAUGAUCCAGUCACAACAACCAGAUGCAUCAUCACAUGUAGCUGGGGGGGAAACAGGUGGGGUAGCCCAGAAAGCAACACAACUGGCUUUCAAGAAGUUUAUCAACCCUAGACAGCUUUGGAACGGAUACCCUGCUCUUGUAGCGCAUAGCUUGCCAGUGUCGGCGAUUCAGAUGCCGCUGUACGAGGCUCUUCGGUGUCGCAUUUCUGAAUAUAGAUUCGGAGUUCGAGAGGAGGGGUCAGGAAGACUAAGAGACUAUGGAAAGAAACAGGUCCAUUUGACAAUUGGAGAGGCCGCUUCGACAGCCGCGAUAAGUGCUGCAGUGUCAGGCAGUGUAGCCAGCGUCCUGACAGCACCCAUGGAUAUGGUCCGAACACGAAUCAUGCUCGAUGCUGCAGACACAACCGCGCCGCAGAAGAAAAGAAUGAUCAAUGCCGUACGGGAGAUUAUACGAACCGAUGGCCCAAGGGGCCUAUUCCGAGGGUGCGCUGUAAACACAUUCAUGGCAGCUGUCGGAUCAGGAUUGUACUUUGGUCUCUAUGAAAGCACCAAAUGGUGGCUAAGCUCUGACUCGAUGGAAAAGCGUGUCAUGUUGGACUAG